UAAGCUCUGCUUGGAGAGACAGUCCAUCCCCAACCUUUUGCCCCCACUCUCCUCCCAUCCUUCUUCCUCCCACUUUCUUCUCCCUUCCCCUUUCCCCCAAGUGUGUAUAUAUACACAACGCUAACACUCCAGAUUGGAAAUAUAUUCCUAAUCAUCUUUAAGGAUUCUUACUACCAGUCCUGAUUUAAAUAUCGCCGGAACUGGAAGAGUUUUCCCGGUGAAAUACACAUAAUGCUGUAAGAAGAAGCAGAGACACCAUAUCCAAGAGUCAGUACCUUGUGUUUUUCUCUAAGGAUAUUAACAUCGAAGUUGGUAACAUGGAGUCUGGGGGACUAUCAAGGGGGGAGAUAACGGGGCUUUUAGUGAUAAUAUGGAUGGGUUUAAUGUCGAUUAUGGUUCGUGUAAGCGACGCGACGAGGACAGCCGUGACAACAACGGAGGCAGCGUCGGCGGUGGAGGCGGCGACGGCGACGGCGACGGAGACGACAUCGUUUAAUGCAGGACAUAAACAUGCGUAUGCGACGAUGAUGUAUAUGGGGACCCCACGUGACUACGAGUUCUACGUGGCUACGCGCGUGAUGCUCAGAUCCCUAUUGAAGCUCGGCGUCGAAGCGGAUCUUGUCGUCAUUGCCUCCCUAGACGUUCCUCCCAACUGGGUGAAAACCCUAGAAGAAGAUGGGGUGAAGGUUCGCAGAGUUCAGAAUCUGAACAAUCCAUAUACUAAUCAGGGCGAUUUCGAUUGGCGAUUCAAGUUGACAAUGAACAAGCUUUAUGCAUGGAGCCUAGUGGAAUAUGAGAGGGUGGUCAUGCUCGACGCUGACAACCUUUUCCUCCGAAAAACAGAUGAACUGUUCCAAUGCGGCCAGUUUUGUGCAGUUUUCAUAAACCCCUGCAUAUUUCAUACUGGUCUUUUUGUGUUGCAGCCAUCAAUGACAGUAUUUAAGGACAUGGUUCAUGAGUUGGAAGUUGGGAGAGAGAAUCCAGAUGGUGCAGAUCAAGGUUUUAUCGGAAGCUAUUUCCCAGAUUUACUAAAUAAGCCAAUGUUCCAGCCUCCUCCUAAUGGCACUAAGCUUGAUGGACAGUACAGACUUUCUCUGGGUUACCAAAUGGACGCUUCUUAUUAUUAUCUCAAACUACGAUGGAGUGUACCGUGUGGACCCAAUAGCGUCAUCACUUUCCCUGGGGCGCCAUGGCUAAAACCAUGGUAUUGGUGGUCAUGGCCUGUCUUGCCCCUAGGCACCCAGUGGCAUGAACAACGGCAUCGAACUGUCGGGUACAAUGCAGAAAUGCCCUUUGUAUUUAUCCAAGUAAUAUUUUACUUGGGAAUAAUGGCAGUGACGCGAAUUGCACGGCCUGGUUUGUCUAAGCUAUGCUAUCGUCGUGAAGAGAAAAGCGUUUUCCUCAUUCAAACUGGCCUUAAAUUGGUUGCUUUUUGGUCUAUUCUAGCAGCCUACAUAGCCCCUUUCUUCCUCAUUCCCUACACUGUUCAUCCGCUUGUAGGGUGGAGUCUUUACUUGCUUGGGGUUUUUGCUCUGUCCUGUAUAGCGGUUAAUGCUUUUCUUCUACCAAUGCUCCCCGUUCUAGUGCCAUGGUUUGGAAUCCUUGGUUCUCUUCUGGUGAUGGCUUUCCCCUGGUACCAGGAUGGGGUUGUUAGAGCGCUAGCUGUAUUUGGCUAUGCCUUUUGUUGUUCCCCUAUUGUCUGGGCUUCGGUAGUUAGAAUCAUGUCAAGUCUUCAGGUUUCACUUGAAAGGGAAGGCUUCUUGCCUAGGUUAGCUGAAUCUACAGCUCCUUCUGGGUGUAACAAGUUGUACUAAGAUUCUUAAGCACAAUGAUCUGAUGCUUAACAAAAGAAAAAGUCCCGCAAAAAAAAUCUCGGGGCGAGAGGCGGCAGAUUUUCAAGCCUCUGGAAGUGGGUAUUCUGUCGAGCUUCUGGAAGUGGAUAUUCUGCAAUCUGCGUGCGGCCAUUGCUUUCUUCAGUUAUGGAUAUCCAUAAAGCUGAAGUGAUUCUUUCUGGGAUCUUGUAUCAUUUACUCUCUUGUAAAAUUGGUGAUCCCAAUGUAUGAAUUUUGUUCAUCUGUAAUCCGUAACAUGGGGAAACCGCCUCUAAUCUGGAGUAGUUAGAUUCUUUC